AUGCCAAACACGAUGCUCUCGCUCAUGACCGCCCCGAAUACGACCAAUUACUAUAGUGCCACCACGGAAUCCGAUGUCUCCAGCUAUGCCGACUCGUCCUACGCCGACUCCGACAUCGACGCCCCUGCGAACAGCUGCAGCGACAGCGCGUCCAACACCUCACAUGAGAUCGACGACUCUGCCCCCCAAACCCCGGACUACGUCUCUUACGCUGGGUCAGACAUCUCCGAGAAUGAGUCGAACGCUUCUGACUUCGAACACGGCGCCCUGUCCGGCUCGACGAUCGUCCAUCGCGCCUUCUACCACGCCGAGCCGUACAUUUUCACCGGAAAGACCUUCGAGGAGCUAUCCGAAGCCGCGCAGAAGUUCCUCACGAAGACAGGGUUGUGGCCAAUGGACGAGGAGACGUUUGAGAGAGAAGAGUUUUUCGAGAGGCUGUACAAGAUAAGGGAGGCGAGGCGGGAUCGGUUGGAGAGGACAUUGGAGGGCGUAAGUAGGGCGAUCGCAAAGGAGAUGUUAGUUCGCGCUGAUGAAGUUCCUGCAUCUGCCACCAACAUUAAUGCUGGUGGUGAAGGACCAGCGAGUGGCACCGCGACACCUGGUCUCGCUCCGUCGACGAGAGAGAACAUCGUCGGCGGUUUCCUCUACCCCGAGUGGCAAGAACACCUGGAGGCGUACGUCGAAGAAAUCGACGCGCUCAUCUGGGUUGACAUGCACCUCCGUCUCGGGGUCGAGCCGAGCCUGUCCGUCAAGGGCUACUUGAGAGAGCGCAAGGAGGAUGUGGAGCGCAUGACCGAGUUCGCGGUGCAAUGCUUGCAGAGGACGUUUGAGAGGGUGAAGGAGGAGCGAGGGGCCGCAUGGCUGAUGAAGAAGAUCACGGAAGGUAAGACGGAGGAGGGAGAGGAUUCGAUUGAGUCGAUUGAUUCGAUUGCCCAUAUCUCGCCAGUCUCGCCGCUGAGCGGUGGAGAGGAGAAUGGCCAGUGGGUAACUGUGUCGGCAUGA